UGCACCUCAACCACCGCGCCGCGGGCGUAGCUGUUGGCCGGGGUGGGACUAGGCAGAUGUUACCCUAUGAGGUAAGGAAACGGGACCGGGCCGCGAGUUGAGGAUAGGCUGUCUCUGCUAGGGGCGUGGCUUGUGGAUCUCCGCUUUCCCGCCGACGGUUGGUCACGUGACAUGGGCAGGAAGAUGGCGUCUCCCACGGACGGGACUGAUUUGGAAGCAUCUUUGCUAAGCUUUGAGAAACUUGACCGUGCUUCCCCAGAUCUUUGGCCGGAACAAUUACCAGGUGUUGCUGAAUUUGCAGCUUCUUUCAAAAGUCCCAUCACCAGCUCUCCGCCUAAAUGGAUGGCCGAAAUAGAACGCGAUGACAUCGAUAUGUUGAAAGAACUGGGGAGCCUCACCACAGCUAAUCUGAUGGAGAAGGUACGGGGCCUACAGAACCUGGCCUAUCAGCUGGGGUUGGAUGAGUGCAAAGACAAGCCAUCUGAAGGAUUAAGUGCUUCUAUUCAGUGUCUAAAAAUAAUCUCAUUGGAGUCCUCCUUCAAUAAGCCAGAGAGAUGACAAGGGGAAAAUUCCUGAACAUUCUAGAAAAGCCCAAGAAGUAGCGACUGCUCGUGGACUGGUGGUCUGAAGACUGUAACCAAGUUCCCUUCCCAGUGUAGCUCUGAUGAUGCCCACCACGUGCUUCCUUGGGAGAGGCUGGAGACUGAGCUUCAAGGACCGCCCUUCUCCCCUGCUCCUGGCACUCUGCGCCUCUGAGGACAUUUGGUAGCAAGAGAAGAAUCUGUUCUACUCAAGGAUCAUUACUGUUUACUGAGUCGGCUUUGUAGCCCUGGAUAUUGGCUACCACUCUCUGGAGGUCCUGUCCUUCUGAAAGGUUGUUUCCAGGAGCUCUGGGGUCUUAUAGUUACUUUGACUCUAAUGGCAAAGUCAUUUUGAUUGAAUGGGCUCUGUUGAGUUGUACUUGAUCUCUUAAGAAGCAUUCAUGAUGAGGACAUGCUACAUCAGAGACCAGCUACAUUCUGGACCAGACCAUGCAUCCUGACCUGUGAACUCUAAGAUCUAAUGGAGUCUAUGACUUCCAUUCUGGAGGAAACGGGGUCUUCUUGAAAUGUGCACCUGCUUUUUGAAGUCUAUACCUCCGGUGACACUCCCUCCCUUAACACUGUCUGUUCCCUACCUCCCAGUCCCAGCCUGUAGGUCUGACUCCAGACAAGUGGAACUCCUGUAGUGUCUCUCUGCAGGGACUAGCUUCUAGAGUAAAAGGCUCAUGCUGUGUCCUUCACCUUGAGUCCUAGACCUCCAGACCAGUAUGAAGGUAACAGCAGGAACUCUGGUUAGUCUGUUCUAUUUGUAAGUGAAACAGUAAGCAUGACUGGAUAGUGGGAGGGCAUGGCUGUGGGAGUUCCCAUUUGGCUGAAAACAAGAAGCCCUGACUGACCUAGUGCGUGAGGGCAGAUGGUAGCAGGGUUCUGUCUCCUUUCCCUCCUCUCAGCCACAUAUCAGAUAUUUCACUUAUGUGCUGAAACACACCCACAUGAAAAUGUCCUGGCUUAAAUACAGCUCUUGCAGAUUUUUUUGCUAGUUGUAUGUGUCUGCUAAAAUCUGAAAAUCUUGCCCAUGGGUGAAAUCAAUUAGACCUAGUCUUUCACAGUUUGAAAAGUACAGAGUUCCCUAAACAUUAUAGGAAGAAAAAAAAAUUUCUGUGGUCAUUGUCCACUGGGAAUGUGGCCCCAGGAAAAGUUGUGGUCGUUUGUGGUCUUGGAUCUGUUAGGGCACAGUACUCUUCGGGUUCACAGCAGGUUUCUUGACCAUAUUUUUAUAUCUGUGCCUAAUGCUAGAAUUGAUAUCGGAUUUUCCCCCUCAUUAAUGCUACUAGAGCAACACAAUUUUACUUUUGAAAGGAAAAGGCAAUGAAAUAUGUACCGCAAAAUAUAAGCAUGAUAAAACCAUUCUGCUGGGUUCUCCCUACAAGGGCCAGUUGAUUUUAAGCUUAAGUCUAUGAUUGACACUUUUUAAUCUCACUGAAUGCAGUUAAAGUGAGUGUGUGCAAGUGAGCGGAGAAUGAUGCCGUAAUGUCAAUUUUUUUCGUCACUCUGUUUUUGAGAGUUGAUGACAUCAGGCACUUUUCCAAGUUUGGGGAAAUUGAAAGCAUGCCGAGAAUGCUGGGUUAGCUCCCCCAAACAGACUCGAGUCUGUAAUGGGAGGCCAAUAGUUGGUGUUCUGAUCUGCUGUGGCCUCCUCCUUUUACUCUCGUCCUGGUCACCAGCACUUAAGUAAGUAGAUGUUUUAGAAUUGUGAUAUUUAUUGUUUUUGUAUUGUCAUCCUUAGAAAUGUUAAUGAUGUAUUUUUAUAUUGCUAAUAUAAAUAUGUAUGGUAUGUAUAUGUAUUUUAGAAUGUUAGAGGAUACUUUGUGAAUAAUGUUGUGUCUUCAUAAUAAAUAUGUCCCUUGUAUAGGAGGUCGAGUUUGUCCUUAAGGGCCAAGCUGCAUAUUUUAAAGCAGAGACUCAUCAAAAGUACAGCUUCAGUAACAAGUGCAUUGUCCUGCCAGCCCACCCUGCUCAUCACUGCUAAAUCCUGUGUCCCAGCCUUUAAUGACCCUUUGCUAACACCUUGUGUAUGUUGUCAAAGGCCUGGCUCUCCCCAGACAUUUUGAAAUGACAUCCUAGUGGAUCCUUCAGCUUGGAUUCUUCUCCCACGUAAAAUCUCUCCUACGGGGGUUGGAGCGCUGGCUCAGUGGUUAAGAGCACUGUCUACUCUUCCAGAGGACUGUGAUUCGGACUCCAGCCACAUGGCAGCUCACACCUGCCUGUAACUCCAGUUCCACAGGAUCCGAUACCACACACAGAUGUACCUGCAGGCAAAACACCAAUGCACAUAAAAUAAAAAUAGAGACGCACUGAAAAA